AAUGACUGAUAUUAUUGAGAAAGUACAAUUAAGUAAGCUCCCUGAGUAUGUUCAAAUGACAGAAAAGAAAGGAUAUGUGAUGAGACAAUAAUUUAUAUCCAAAGAUUUGAUGCCUUUAUUGAAAUAGUGUUUUUGUGGUCAAUAUGUAAAUCCAGAUUAGAUUCUUGUGCUUUGUCCUUCAUGUGAAAAACCAUAUCAUGCUGAAUGUUUAAUGAAACAAUUUGAUUAAGGAAAUGCUAAUUGUGAUUCAUGUAGAGAAGUUCUAUCUAAUCUAUAAAUAACAGAUCGUAUUAAAGAUGCAUUAUAGACAAGACCAUUUACAGUUGUUAUUUAAUCAAAUUAAUAAAAAAAUCAUGAUUAAUAAAGAGCAAUUUAAAUUGAAGAGGAAGAAGAAGAAGAAUAAUUAGAUAGAAAUGAAAGAAGAAUUGAUUUAGAGAAAAUUGUUAAAAAGAUAAAAACUAAAGAUGGCCCAAUACAAUCUAAAGUAUAAAUUGUAAAAUAAGAUUCAAAUAAUAAUGGAAAUUCUAGAAAUAAAAAUAAAUCACAUGAAAUUACUAUUGCAUAACCCAAUCCUCCUGAAUAAUAAAAACAAUAAUCUCAACCAUUUAAAAAUAUAUCAACUUAAGCAGUUGAAAAAAUGAAAAGUUGGGUUGAGAGAUAUAGAUAAAUGGAAUCUAAUGCUACAAGUUUUGAAAAGAAAAGAUAAGAAGUUAGAGAAAAAUUCUUUUCAGUUAUUUUUUAUGGUAUUGAAGAAUUAAAAGAUAUGUAUUAAAGAGAUUCAAAAUCUAUUACAUAAUUAGAAAAAGAGAUUAUCAAUAAUUCUGAAACAGCCUUAUUUCAAUAUAUAAAGAAUUUGGCAUUAGAUAUAGAAGUUUAUAUUCAUAUAAAAUUUAAUACCUAAUAUAAAAAUAAAUUAGAACCUUUAUAUGUUGAUAGAUGCAAACUCAUUUAUUUACAUAUGAAAGAUGACAAAAAUUUAGAAUUGAGAAGAAAAGUCAUAUCUAAAGAAUUUUAAGCAUAAGAUUUAAGUACAAGAGAUGAAAGAGAUCUCUACAAUCCAGAGAAAAGAAAAUAAACUUAAGAGAUAGCUAUGAGAGUUAUUGAACUUAAUUAAAAGGAUAAUGAUGAAGAAUAAAAAAUUAUUAAAGAUAUUGAAGAAGUAUCAUUUUCAAGAAAUGUAAAUAUUUAUUAUUUAUAUUUAUAGUAAUCAAUUAAUGAAGAGAUUUAAAUAAAAACUUAAAAGAAGGAUGGACAUUCAUCAAAAAAUCUAUUGAAAGAAAAAAUGAUGGAAUAUUCAGUUGAAAAAUCUAUAAUGAGAUUUAAAAAAAGAAUUGCAGAUGAACUUAAUGAUAAAGAACGUUUACAAAUAUUAGCAGGUUUAGAAUAGUAUCAACUAAAUUAAUGA